AAACCUGGAAUUAAAAGGAAGAUUGGCUAUCUCUUUGAUACCUUCUUCGAAAAUGUGAGAUUAAGUCGCAAGAAGGUAUUCAAGGCCUCAUAUUACUUCAUCAACAAUAUCGGAUCAGUGGAGCAAAGAGCGUAUUGGUGCGGCGUGGAGCCUAAAACGAUUAUUCAGUGGGAUGAGUGGUUCAGAGAUGUGUUAGUCGAAAGUUUUAUGAACAACCAAACACCCUCAAGAAUUGGCGGACGAGGCAGGAUUGUUGAAAUCGACGAGACUUACAUGGUACAGAGAAGGUACAAUCGAGGGAAAAUGGUUGGUAGCUCGUGGCUCAUUGGUGGCAUCGAAGACGGAAUGAAAAGGAUGUUCGUAGAAAUUGUAAAUGAUAGAGAUGGACCAACCCUCGAUGGGAUUAUGCUUCGUAACGUCCUGCCUGGCACGACAAUUAGGACGGACUCGUGGCGCGGAUACGGCAACUUAGGUAAUAUCGGUUUCGUGCAUGAAACCGUAGACGAAGGGCUCAGUUUUGUGGAUCCUUCGACUGGAUUACAUUCGCAGGGAAACAAAUCAACAUGGUGGCAAUUUCACCAAACGAUCAUGGAAAACAAUAUACCUACAGUCACAAUGUGGGAUGACCAUUUUCUCGAGGCUAUCUGGAAAUUUCAACGGACGGAAGAUUCGAGAUUUUAUCACCUGUGGCGAGCUAUUGCGGAACCUUUUGGUGAAGUCAGUCGUGAUUCGGGCGACAGAAUCCCAUCGAUUCUUCUGCCUGUUCCGCGUGGGAGUGAGAAUAGAAUUGAGAUGAGAACUGUUGAUGCAGAAGAAGUUGCAAAUUCAAUGGCUCGUCGCCCAAACGUAGUCAGAUUCAUUCAUCAACCAUUUAAAACCACAACUGUCGUUAGGUCUUCCUCGCCCUUACGAUCCACCCCUGGAAGGAUCCGUUUCGUUGUUGCUGAUAAGGCAAAAGCAAGUCGAUCAGUCCCCAGCUCAAGUGCUAGUGCAACCACACCUGAAACAAAGUCCGAUAAAACAGAGUCGUCCAAUCAGCAAGUGCAUGUUAGUCCUGGUGAGGAUGUUAAACCAGAACAUGGGUCAACUUCAAAUGAUAACAAAGUGAGUCCUUUACAUUUCCUAUUUUUCAAGUUCAAGCGAAACGAUCGGCCUUUUUUAGUGAAUCAUGUCAUUUUUUGUGAAUAUGGUCGCAGCAGGAUGACUGGCCUGUUUUGA